UUACGUACUUAGAUAACAUUUCAAUAAAUAAAACAAAUUUCAUAAUAUUAAAGCAUGAUGUCAAUGUUGGUACUCAAAAUUCUAUUUAUAAUUGUGAUUUCAGUAAAUAUAAUAAACAAGACAUGAUUUUGUACAUUUUGAAACGAAGAAACUGUUGCAAUGUGAUACAAGACGUUGGCAAAAAACUAAUUCGUAACAAGUAAAAUUCUUGCUUUUAAAGCGUUUUUGAAAUGAAUGGUUUAUCAGAAGAGGACAGUUCUGAUAGCAGUAAUGAAUUCUUGGUUGAUCCACGGAAAAUUAAUUUGAAUUCUAGUUUCUUCACGAAAAAGAAGCCUGAUGCUGCGGCGGUUGAGGAUCGGAUUGACACCGAAGAUGAGAGCACCGAUGACGAGGAUCUCGAAGAUGUCAGUCAAACAGACAAUAUCGAACUUUUCACUCAGGUCUUGAAAAACUUAGAAUAUUCGCAAAAAUUUAAACAGAACGAUGAAAACAUUGAAAAGAAAGAAUCACAUUCUGACCAUUCCAUAUUACAAGAAAAAGAGGAAAAAGGACAAAAAGUAAAAAAAGAGGUAAAAGAUACUGCAUCGUCUAAUGAAAUAGAUGAACUUUUGCUCCAAGGUGAAUGUAGUAUAGGUUCACUCUCCAAAAAAAGCUCUGAAGAUGCAAUAAUAAAAAACGAGGAAGACACUGAGCAUCCUAAUGAAUACACUAUUCCAAAAGAUGGUGUCAAGAUUGUUUUACCAGGUAAUUGUUUAAUGAUUAACAGAAAGAAGAAGGGGAAGUCAGAUUUGAAAGCAAUCUUGAAGAAACGAUUAAGAGAUGCUCAGAUAUUAGUAGAGAAAGUAGGAUUGCUUUGCUGGUUGGCUUACGGCUUUCGUUUAAAUGGCCAGAUAAAUCAGCCUGAAAUAAUGGCUGGUGUAUUAUCAUUGAUUUCUACUUCAAAUUAUCCAAAAGAUAGAAUUGAUCUCAAAUAUCUAGAAAAGUUUACAAAAUGGUUUGUACACGUAUUUACAUUUGAGCCUGUUCAAAGUAAUGGUAAUAAACAAAUAGAUAAAGAAACUUUAUUGAAAAUAUUGAAAGACAAAAAAGUUUCUAACUAUAAAGAAUUGAUAUUAUUAUACGUUGCUACAUUGAGAGCAUUGGGGUUAAAUUGUAGAUUGGUUAUCUCUCUUUGUCCUCCUCAUCGGAUAUAUAGUAAUAACCCACUUUUUAAAUUAGAUAAAGAGCCGGAAACUGCAGGGAAAGAUAAAUCUAAUGUAACCAAAAAGAGAAGUUCAAAGAAAAAGGAAGGAGAAGAGGUAGCUUCUGAUAAAACAAAUGUGAUUCAAAAUAGUUCUGAGGCAAAAAAAAUUGCUAAUGCAGAGGCCAAAAAGAGAGCAGCUAAAAUUAUACAUUCGAAAUUACAGACUUCUAAGGGCAAAAACAAAUCUGAUACUAAUAAAGACACUAACAGUGAAAGCAAAGCAACUAAAAAAUCAAGUACUGAAAGUAUUGAAAAAAAAGAUGAAUCGAGAUCUGCAGAACAGGAAAAGAGUAUGUCUAGUUUAAGACAAUUAAGAUCUCGAAAAGUUAAUAUCAAUUCUGAAGAUAAUAAAGUAAGAAAGUCUACAGAUUUGUCUUUGAAGAUUGAUGGCACAAAAUCAAAAUAUUACAUAGAAGAAAAUUCAACAGAUUCUGAAGCAGAAUUUCAGCCUAAACCAAAACGUUCAGUGAGGAAGAGUAAUGAUAAAGAAGAGGCAUCACAAAGUUCUAAGAACAUUAUAAAAAAAAACAGAAAAUUAGUAUCCUCUGAUAGCGAAGAUCAAACAAACAAAACAAAGGAAAGACAAGAUAUUUGGGCUGAAAUAUAUUUAGAGUCAGAAGAAAGUUGGAUUUGUACAAGUGUAUUGGAUGAAAAAAUCCAUUGCAUACCUGAAAUAUAUAAAAAAGCAACAAAGCCUGUAUUAUAUGUAGUAGCUUGGAAUUCUGAAGGUUUGAUAAAAGACGUGACUAGGCGCUACUGUGCGCAAUGGCUUACAGUCACACGUAAGCAACGAGUUGAUGAAAAAUGGUGGCUUGAAACCUUGUCUUAUUGGAAAGAAAAAAAUACUGCUAUUUCUAGAGCUGAAGAUGAAAUGCUAUUACAAAGGGAGUUGGAGCAACCUUUGCCUAGAACGCUUAGCGAGAUCAAAGGUCAUCCAUUGUACGUCAUUCAAAGACAUUUACUCAAAUUUGAAGCAUUGUAUCCUCCAGAUUGUGUGCCUUUAGGACAUACUUCUACUGGUGAAGCCAUUUACUCUCGCCACUGUGUACAUACUAUUCGUUCAAGGGAAACUUGGCUAAAAGAAGCCAGAGUCGUGAAACCAAAUCAAGAAGCCUAUAAAAUAGUCAAAGCUCGUCCAAAAUACGAUAAACUUUCGGGAAUGAAAAUUAAGGACUCACCACUGGAAUUAUUUGGUGAAUGGCAAACUAUGGAAUAUGAACCACCAGUAGCCAAGGACGGUAUUGUUCCACGAAAUGAGUAUGGAAAUGUUGAUUUAUUUAAACAACGUAUGCUGCCAAAAGGCACUGUUCAUAUAAAUCUUUCAGGAUUAAAUCGAAUCGCACGGAAGCUUAACAUUGAUUGUGCACCAGCUGUAGUAGGCUUUAAUUUUGGAAGUAUGGGUGCAGUUCCUGCACUCGAAGGUUACGUCGUUUGUUCUGAAUACGAAGAUAUUUUACGAGAAGCUUGGGAAGCUGAACAAGUUGAGGCAAUUAAACGAACUAAAGAAAAGCAAGAGAAACGAGUUUAUGGAAAUUGGAAGAGACUGAUUCAAGGUUUGCUUAUAAAAGAGCGACUAGCAAUGAGAUACGAGUUUACGGAAGAAACAAAAUCGGCAACUAAUAAACGGGCAAAACAUAAGAAAACAGACGUAAAGAAGACUAAAGUAUUUUAAACUGUAAAAUGAAAUUAUAAAUCAUUUUGCAAGAAACCUUAAUAAUGUAUACAUUACAGGAAUGAUGUAACUUAUUAUUUCAUUACUACUUAUAAUUUCAAGUAAGAACAUAAUCUUUUCUGAAUAUGAAGAUAUUUUACGAGAAGCUUGGAAAGCUGAACAAGUUAAGGCAAUUAAACAAACUAAAGAAAACCAAGAGAAACGAGUUUAUGAAAAUUGGAAGAGACUGAUUCAAGGUUUGUUCAUAAGAGAGCGACUACGAACGAGAUACGAGUUUAUGGAAGAAACAAAAUCGGCAAUUAAUAAUAAUAAUAAUAAUAAUAAACUAAUGAUAAUAAACUAAUAAUAAUAAACUAAUAAUAAGGCAGCUAUUACUAUUAUAUUUAUUUCAGUACUAUAAACAAUCGUGCGAAAUAGAUUUUUGUAAAUAAAACUUGUACAAAAUUUUAAUAUAUAUGUUUUUCAAAUAUA